GGAGGCGACAGGAGCCAGCGAGCGCCCAGCAGCCACCCACGUGGUGGGGUCAGAGCCUCUUACUGGGCCACCUACAGAGACAGGAAAGGAGCGCCUGGCCACUUAAGAGGACGCCAGACGGUGAUACAGUGACCGGUAUAAAUGUCAGCAGGGAGGGCUGAAGGCAGCCAGGGAAGGACAAAGCGGCGCCCAGCCAGAGGAGCCGCCUCCCAAGAUGGAGAAGUUCAAGGCUGCCAUGCUGCUGGGGAGCGUGGGCGAUGCGCUCGGCUACGGCAACGUCUGCAGGGAGAACAGUGCUUUAGGCUCUGUCCAGGAGGAGCUGCAGAAGGUCGGGGGGCUGGACCAUCUCGUGCUGUCUCCCGGGAAGUGGCCAACUACUGGUGCCUGGACGACCUGUACCGUGAGAUGGUGAGGUGCUACGUAGAGACCAUCGAGAAGCUUCCAGAGCACCAGCCUGACCCCGCCACCGUGGAGGGCUGCUCACAGCUGAAGCCAGACAACUACCUGCUGGCCUGGCACACGCCCUUCAGUGAAAAGGGCUCGGGGUUUGGAGCGGCCACCAAAGCCAUGUGCAUUGGCAUGCGGUACUGGGAGCCGGCGCGGCUGGAGACCCUAGUGGAGGUCAGCAUCGAGUGCGGCCGGAUGACCCACAACCACCCGACAGGCUUCCUCGGGUCCCUGUGCACAGCCCUGUUUGCGUCCUAUGCGGUGCAAGGAAAACCACUGGUGCAGUGGGGGCGAGACAUGCUGAGGGCUGUCCCGCUGGCCGAGGGGUACUGCAAGAGGACCAUCCGGCACACGGCGGAGUACCAGGAGCACUGGUUUUACUUCGAAGCUAAAUGGCAGUUCUAUCUGGAGGAGAGAAAAAUCAGUGAUGACACGGAGAAUAGAGCUCACUUUCCCGACAACUACGGCAGUGCAGAGGAGAGGGACAAGACUUACAAGAAGUGGAGCUCCGAAGGCCGAGGGGGAAGACGGGGCCAUGAUGCACCCAUGAUCGCCUACGAUGCCCUCCUCGCGGCAGGGAGCAGCUGGGCCGAGCUGUGCCACCGGGCCAUGUUCCACAGAGGGGAGAGCGGUGCCACAGGGACGAUCGCCGGCUGCCUGUUUGGCCUGCUGCACGGCCUGGACGCCGUCCCCCGGGGCCUGUACCAGGAGCUGCAGCACAGGGCCAGGCUGGAAGAGCUGGGCACCGCCCUGCACCGCCGGUCCUCAGAGGAGAAGUAAAGCGUGUCUGCGGCCCGGAAGGGCGCCCUGGGGUCCACACACACGCACACACACACGCGUGCACACACCCCCUUGAACCUCCCUGCCCCGGGAGCGGGGAGGAAUGGGGCUGUAACCGUGUGUUACCGCGUGCUGCAUGGAAUACGUUGUUUGUCCUACAAGAAUAUUUUUCCUGACCUCAGAGGAGCCUAGAGCUUUUCCAUUUCACUCUGGACCUGCUACGCGUGCCUCUGCAAAUACAGCCUGAAGACUGGUCUCCUGGA